AUGAAACAAGUUCAAGCCACAAGCGAAAGAGAACGAGAAAUUGCCAUCAAGGAUAGAUAUCCCUUCUAUUAUAAUACUACCUGGUCGAAUUUUCAUGUCAUUACAAGAAAUAUGACAUCCAAUGCAGAUGAAGAGCUCUUUAUUGCAACUGAUAUUGAAGAUAUUUACACUAAUAGAAUUUAUGUGUUUGUAAAGUUAUAUCAACUCUAUCUCAAUUCUUCCAAAGAUUCCUACUCCAAGUUGUAUUUAUUGAGGGUGUAUGAUCAGCAAAUUGCAGGAAACGACUCAAAUGACUACAAUUUUGAAUUAACAGAUCAAGAAAUUUUCGUUCUUCCUGAUUAUUUAAAAUGUACAGCAAUGUCAGUCGACAGAUAUUCCAAAGUAUUACUACUUACAUUUGUACAUUUGUCAAAUGCCAUUUCUACCACUUCUCCAGAUAUACCAAGCUUCUGUCAAAGACUUUUUAUUAUUACAACAUGGUAUGGAAAUUUAACAAUUAUUAAUAAGGAGGGAAUACUUCUUGAGGACACUUGUUUGGGGUCAGGACUGGACCCCACCGUUGGAAAUAGAGUGACCAAUAAUAUCGAAAUCGAUAGUGCUUCGAGACUUGUGUAUAUAUUGUCUGCUGCUUAUAGCUAUGUUAAUUACGAACCUCGAUUACUGAAACUUAAGCUAGUGGAUACUGAUGCAGACGUACCAACUCUGUCCUAUCAAGGAUACCUUUUACUUGACUCUAUAAGAAAUUAUAUUAUUCUGAAUAUUUACUCGGAAAUUUCGAACAUUGGAAAUGUUGUGAACCGAUUUUUAUAUAUUGGAGUUCAUUAUUUAAGAAAGAGUGAGGAUGUUAUUACGACAGAAGUGAAGCAAAUUGAUUUAGUUUCCUUCAAAGAAUCCAAGUCUAUCAACAUUUUACCAAACGAACAGUCAGUGCAUUCCAAUAUCAAAGUUUCAAAGAGUGAUGCCACUGAAAUAUUCGUAGUUGUAAAAUACUAUUUGAAAGAGUUUUGUCUUAUUCAAAAAGUGGACAUGAUGCAGGGGCAAAUUUAUUACCAAUCUUCAGGUUUGAGAUGUGAAGAUUUUCGAAACGGAGAUAUCUUACUUGAUACCUCUCCAUUUGAUUUAUUUUUUGUGACGAACACUCACAUUGACAACUACUUGUCAUCGUUUAGUAUGGUGGGUGGGCCUUUCAGCUCAAAAGCACCUCCAGAAUAUAAGGACUUUUCCAUUAAUGAUCCAAGGUUAAACUUUCCUUACAGAGAUGAGAUCAUUUUGUCGAAUGGACUUAAAUUGAGGUGGAGGUUCCUUUCUCUUGACAGUUACACGACCUAUGAACAUGCAGACCAAUACGGAUUCAUAAGAGAGUAUUAUCCUGUGAUUGCAAUAGUGUCCAUGGAGAGUGACAUGCCCUUCCAAGAGUAUUUAUUCCUUCUUUCCUCUAUAGAAAUUGAUGUCUCACCACCGUACACUUCCUCUGAAGGUUUCUACAUUUUUGUUUACGAAAAUUGGUUUUCGACUUGUCUAGUCAGUUUCAUUGUUUUGGUGAUUUUGAUUAUUUUGACCUCGUUGUUGUUGAGGUGUGGCAUUAAGCGAGUGAAAAAGUGGCGAAAACGAGGAUUUGAGAGAAUUGAUGAUUAA